AUGGCCUUAUGGAUGCUCUGGGCUGGACAGGCUAAGGGGACCCUGGGCGGCUGGGGGAUCACCUGCUUGGUGAUAUCUCUGCUCCUCCAGCACCCAGGAGUCCACAGCAAGUGCUACUUCCAAGCUCAAGCGCCCUGCCACCAUGAAGGGAAAUAUUUCACCCUGGGCGAGUCUUGGCUCCGCAAGGACUGUUUCCACUGCACCUGCCUGCAUCCCGUCGGUGUGGGCUGCUGUGACACGUCCCAACAUCCUAUCGACUUCCCCGCUGGGUGUGAGGUACGUCGGGAGGCAGGAACGUGCCAGUUCUCCCUGGUGCAAAAAUCUGACCCCCGGCUGCCCUGCAAAGAGGGAGGGCCCAACCCAGAGUGGGGCUCAGCUAACACCCCUAUUCCUGCGGCUCCUGCUCCCCACUCCAGCUAAACUCAACCGACCGCCCUUUUGCUGACUGCCCACUGCUGCUGCCACUUCCAGGGAAACCACUAGAAGCUGCCGAUUUAUUCUGAAUAAAUAAAUUAAUGCUACAGCUGAAA